CAGAAAUCCGGAUUUAGCCAACUGUACGAUUGGCAAAAGCAGCUAGAACGACCGGAAUUCGUAUUGCAUGAUGGCCCACCCUAUGCAAAUGGUGAUUUGCAUAUGGGCCACGUUGUGAACAAGGUAUUGAAAGAUGUGGAAUUGCGUCGUCAGUUGGUCAAAGGGAACAAAGUCCGCUUUGUUCCUGGUUGGGAUUGCCACGGGUUGCCUAUUGAGCUGAAAGCUUUGGGGGAUCGCGGAAGUCGUGAUUUGGAUCCUGUGAAAAUUAGACAAAUUGCGAGAAGAUUUGCCGAGGAAACUGUUAAGAAACAGAAGGAAGGUUUCAAAAGUUGGGGAAUAAUGGCAAAUUGGGACAAGCCUUACUUAUCCUUUUCUUCUGAAUAUGUCAAGAAGGAGCUGGAAAUUUUUACUAGCCUUUUUGAAAAGGGUUUUAUUUUUAGAGAUUUUAAACCGGUUCAUUGGUCUCCUGUCUCAAGAACUGCUUUGGCGGAAGCAGAGCUUGAGUAUAAUAACGAACACGUCAGCAACUCGUUAUACUUCCGAGUACGAAUUGCCCCGGAAACUUUGGUUGCAAAAUUUGGAAACAAGGCCAUCUUUGCGAUUGUUUGGACAACAACGCCUUGGACUUUACCCGGAAAUGAAGCUGUUGCUUUUAAAGAAGAUGCUGAUUACGUUUUCCUCGUCGACUCAUCGAAAGAAGAAUCAAUUUAUGUUGCUGGUGCUGAGAAUAUAGAAGAAAUCAGUGAGCAAACCGGAAUCAAUUUCGAGAUUAUCCCUGGAUUGAUUCUCAAAGGACUGGUAGUCUUGGUAGUCAUGACACCAUCUUCGUCAAAUUUCUUCAGCGUUGCAGCAACUGAUGCAGCGUCUUGA